CAAGGGCUCGUGAACAGUUAAAAUUGAAGUCGAAAAUGUUCUUCCUGCUAAUGUCCUUUCACCUCACUGUAGCUUCUAUGAAUGAGUUGACAACAAGCAAAAAUUUCUCAGGUUUGGAGGAGCGUAUGUCUAAACUAGAAGGUCGCUUGGAUGUUACAGAGCGCGCUUUGGGUCGUAUGCUUACUGGAGGAGAUAAUGCUAAUGUGUCGUUCCUGGAUGUUCUCACUCUUAGAUCUGGCAUUCUGGAUGAUCAGUCGAUGCCAAUCCUUUUCUCUGCCUACAAAUCCUUUAGUGAGAGAGAUAUAAGCAACAAAGUGAUCAUAAGAUUUGACAAGAUUUACAUUAACGUCGGGGGCCAUUAUCACACAGAAGAUGGUAUCUUCAUUGCUCCAGCCACAGGCAUCUAUUUAUUUCAUUGGACCAUAGCCACAGGAAGUAGUUACUUUGCUACCCAACUGAUGGUCGGUGGUAAACCCCGUGCUUCGAAUCUUGUACCACACACUGGUGCAGGAGAUUCUAGUUCAGCAAUGGUGAUGAUAAACGUGAACAGAACGGAGCACGUCUGGAUACAGAUUUUCGGAGAUAAUGAGCAUGUCUUCGGGGGGUAG